UCUCCUACUCGUUCAACUCCGAAAUAGUCAACGCUCAAUACGCCAGUGAGGGACCCAUAUUUCAAAUUCAACCGCACAGCUGACAUCAUGCCCGUGUCCCGAACCGCGAUGUGCUGAGAGGGGAAGAAGUGGAGAUUUUCAAGAUCGUGUCCGAGGGUGCCACCCCAGAGCAGUGGGCGAGGUGGCUGCGAGCUCCACUCGAGCACGCCGCCGCCAGCGGCAACUUGGACCUCGUUGACAGGCUACUGAAGGCGGGGGUUGACGGCAAGGCCGGAUGAAGGGGCUGCGGCGGCCGGACUCUGCUCGAUGCCGCUGCCUUGGGUGGAAACGCUGGUGUGAUGUCCGCCUUACUCCAAGCAGGGUGUGGACCGGAUGUCAAUAUCGUGGCCUCUUCCACUGGUAGAUCGGCGCUGUACCAGUCAAUCCUGGGCAAACAUGAAGCUGCGGCGAGAAAGCUCAUCCUGGCCGGAGCCGAUGUCAACUUUGUGGACCGCGCCGACGAAGCCGGCCCGCUCUUCGCCGCUGUUAGGGCGGGGUGUGACGACCUUGUGGGUAAUCUACUGAUGGCCGGAGCAAAUCCAAACGUGCAUCAAAGCGAAAGUCGCGGAACUCCUCUGCACGCUGCGGCUAAGCUGGGCCUCGCGAAAACUGUUUCGGUGCUGUUGAGCUCUCCCAGCACCGAAAAGAACGCCCUUGACAACCAAGGGUUUUCCACGCUGAUGGUGGCAUCCAAGCAGGGCCACGUAGCCACGGCAAAGGUUAUCUUGGCCGCAGGUGCCGAUCCCGACAUACGGGACCCGGACAAUCACUCAGCGCUGGUAUUCGCGGCUCAGUACGAAAGAGUCGACGUGAUGAAAGCGUUACUGGAGCAUGGCGUAGAUGCCAAUGUUGGGGAAGGCGACUGGACUCCUCUUCACUGGGCCGCUCACUUUAACAGCGCCGGCUGUAUUGCGGUGCUGCUUGAUGCGGGAGCUGAUAUCGAUGCCAAGGUUCGUUCUCUGACGGCAAAACAUCUCUUCACUUCGCGGCCGAAGGUGGGUAUAACGAAGCCCUGGUCGCCCUCUUGAAGCGGGGAGCCAGCGUCCAUCAGACGACCGACGAU